AUGCACUGGGGCCCCAGCUUCCCUCAUUUUCUCACCAGCUAUGAGAAAAGCACCAAGAGGCUGACAAAGGAAGCAGAAAAGUGCCAAGAAAAGCAGAAGAAGGAGCUGGGCACCGUGAGGGGAUCCUGGAGCAUACAAUGUUGGUACAAGAAGGAAUAUAAGGCCUUUUACAAAUACUGUUGCAGACAACCAUGCUUGCUACUUUGGCACCAGAUCAUGCAGGCCAGAGGCCAAAGAGAGGUGAGGUGGGGCCAAGUGUCCAUUGUGGACCAUCCUGGGGACCUCACCUUCACCGUGACCUUGGAGAACCUCACUGCAGCCGAUGCAGGAAAAUACAGGUGUGGGGUUACAAUGAUCCUGCAGAAAGGACUCCUUGGCUUCCUGCCUGAACCCUUUUUCCAGGUUCAGGUGAUUGUUUCCCCAGGUAAGACCCUCCUUUUCUCUGGUACCAGUGAUGAAGGAAUCUGAGCUCAUCUCUGCAGAGCAUCCAAGGAAAUUUCAAUCCAGGAGAGAAGAACUGAGCUGGUGUUUGUGCAUCAGAGAUUCAAGACCAAGUGUGUGGUGUAAAUGUGAGUGUGUAGGAAGUGUAUGUGUGUCAGGUGUGGAAGAGUGAGUGUGAAAGAGUGUGAGGGUGUGAGUAGAGUGUGUGUGACUUCCAGGUCCCUGCCACUGCCCUAGGUCCUGACACUCUGGACCUCAGGGAUUGGGAGGCUGGCAGAGUUGGGGAGGGCCCUGUAUCGUCAGCUCCAUCAGGACUGAGAGGCUCUUGCCACCUCCCUGUCCUCACAGGGCUUUAUGUGUGGGGAUGGAGGGUCCAACCAAGGGGUUCCCUUCUCACUCCCCCUUGACUUGAGCUCUCAGGAUUUAGGCCUCUCAAGAGCCAGGGCCCCAAGUCUCACCCAGGAUCAGGAGAGGAACCCUGAGAUGGUCCAGGCUCAGAGGUGACCCAGACUGCCAGCCUCACCCCUCUGAUGGCGUGAUCCCUGCUCCAGAAAUCCAAGCUCCAGCCCCAGCCCUUCCCCCUGGGCCUUUCCUCAGCCCCUGACGGCUGUGCUAGCCCCGGGGAAAACCCAUUUCUUGCAUUUUCCGGAGGCCCUGGCCACUUGGCUGUGGGCCAGAGGGCUUUGUGGGAAAGCCCAAGAGGGGGCCCUCAGCCCUCUGUCUGGCUUCAGUAUGUUUCUGUCUGUCUGUCUGUCUGGCAUCCUCUCUGACUUCUGCACCUUCCCUCUCUGGACUCUUGGUCAGGCAGGAGGGAGCCUCAAAACCCCUGGACCCAACAAGGCAGAAGUGGGAGGGGGACCUCUAACACAGCAUUUUUCUUUUUGAAUUUUGUUUCUUAAUCUUUUUUAUAAGCCUU